AUGGCGGCCAAUUUAGUGCAAGGCUUGAACUCCACAGACCCAGCUGUCAAGGAAAAAACCAUUGCUGAAACAGAGAAGAGGCUCCAUGAUCAAGAAACUAGCAAGGAGGAAGAAAGCAAGACUACGGUGAACAGAACAGUCAUCAACACACGAGCUUCUGACACGGCAAAUGCAGAGGCAGCGGACGCAGAUGGCUUUCUGGCAAUUUUGGAAAAGGAUGCAAAAGAACGAGCUAAACGAAGGAAGAGAAAUGAACACUUAGCAAAUGCUCUGAAAGAGAAGGGAAACGAUGCCUUCAGGAAAGGAGACUAUGUCAUAGCCAUUCAGAGAUACACUGAAGGUCUGGAAAAACUGAAAGAUAAGCAGGAGCUUUACACAAACAGAGCACAGGCCUACCUGAAGAUGCACGAGUAUGAAAAAGCCAUUGGUGACUGUGAAUGGGCAUUAAAGUGCAAUGAAAAAUGUAUUAAAGCCUAUUUUCUAAUGGGGAAAGCUCGCCUGGCACUUAAGCACUACAGUGAGUCCAGGCAGUGUUAUGAGAAGAUCUUACAGAUUGAUCCCCAAAAGGAAAGCCUAAUUAAAGACUGUAUGAAUGAGGUAAACUUAGAGGAAAAAAGAGUGAAAGAUGAAGAGAGAGCAAUGGAGGAGGUUCAGUCUGGAAAGCUUGCCGCUCUGUCCAUAAAAGAACUGCUGCAGAAACUUGAUAGGCCUGACCAGAAUAUUCUUUACUAUACGGGAGGGAUCAGACUUUUGACAGGAGCCGUGAAAGAUCGCACUGAACAAACUUUAUUUAGAACAAACAAUGGAUUCAGUAUCCUCAAAGACAACGAGAUUGUAAGACGGGGCUUCUGUGGAGAGCGAAAAAACACUGCUGAAGUGGAUCUGUCUGUUUCUCUUCUCUUCCUUUGGCAAGCUGUCUGCGCUGGGAAUGAAGAGAAUCAGCGUCUUCUAUUGACUCACCCUGAUGUGAAUGCACAGCUGCCAAAACUGCUUUCUUCUGGGGUAUCGGAGAUCCAAAAGGAGACGUUGGCGCUAAUUUCUCUUUACUCAGAGAAUGAGAAUGGGAGGAGACUGCUGGUCAGGCACCAGGACCUAACCAAAUGGCUGCAGAUUUUGAUGACGUUUGUCAACAGCACUGAUGCCAGGGCUAGCAGUGCCAUGAACAUACUAUCUGAUUUAACUGAAGAGGAAAGGUUCAAAACCCAGUGUCGUGUCACGCUUUCCACAGGUGUUUUACCUUUAUUCGCUCAGUUGCUGACCUCUGCCAAGCUGGUGAACCAGGCAGCCCUUGCCCGUUGCAUUGGCAUCAUGGGGAAUCUGUGUGCAGAUGUAGUCAUUCGAAUGCAGAUGGCCGAGUGCAAAGAGUGCUGGCAAGCGUGCUUAAAGCUUGUGGAUGAAUGCUUUGAUGUCAGCGUACCCAAAUACCAGGAGUGUUUGUUUGCAGUGCUGGGCCUAAUGAUGAACUUACUGCUUGAAUCAAAUGUGAUCAUCCAGCACUUUGCUGUGGACAUAAGUGGCCGGUGCAUGUCUCUCCUCAGGGAUAAGGACGGAAGGAUUGUGACAAGAGCCAUUGGAGUGCUAAGUCGCGUCCUGCCAGCAUCCUCCUCGGCAGUAGAAGAAGUAGUGAAAGGAGGGGUGGUGAAGAAAAUGAUCAAAUUCUUGAAAGCUGGAGGACAGAUCACAUCCAAUUACGGUAUAAAGACCCUAUCCAUCUGCACCAGAACUAAUAGACAAGCGCAAGAAGAUCUAGUGAAGUCAGAUAAAAGGUUCAGUGUGCUGCUGAAGCUCUUGGACUCAGAGAAUGAAAUGAUUGUGGGAAAUGCUGCUUUCUGCCUUGGUCAGUGCCUUGUAGUUCCUGGAGCAGCAACGUCCUUACUGAAUUCCAACGUUGUGAUGAUUUUGUUGAAACAUGCUGGUGGUGAUGCUACCAGAACUUUAGUGCAGGAGAAUGCGGCAAUUGCUCUGGGGAAGCUUUGUGUCGCCGAACCAAGGCAUAUUUUUCAACUGCGGAAACUCAAUGGACUGGCCAUCCUGAACUCCGCUAUGAAAUACGUGCAUAGCAUCUGAAGUCUUCAAGAGAGCUUCGAAACGUGCUGUUAAUAUCACUUGCUGUUGAGUAUUUUCUUCUUUCCUUUAAUAAAACUAACUCAAAGCACAUCGACUUUUCAAUCCCUUUUCAAAGUGUGUGCUGAUCCUCCAUAGAAGCCAGUGAAACAAUAUCAAUAUAAGUAUCAGGAGAAAGAAGUUAAUAUCUUAUCUAG